AUGCAAAGCAACCUUCGCAGCGGCGUCCGAAAUGUGCACAAAGUCACUCUAACUCGCUCAGCUUCCGUUCAACAGCCCGCUAUCCGCAUCCCCAAUGCUCGUGUGUCGGGCGACAGCCAUGUACGGACUAUCUCCCAGUCCGCUGCGAUGCGCAGGGCUAUCCCUUUCUCCCUUAAUACAUACAGUGGCCCACAGGACGACCGCGAUGAACGCGUGGUUCGCAUGCUCAUGUUCGGAAAGCCCGGCGCAGGCAAGGGAACCCUGACCGCACGCCUUGCCCAAAAAUACGACAUACUCACUCUGUCAACUGGAGACCUUCUGCGCCAGCAUAUUGAGGAGCGCACGGAUAUCGGUCUACAAGCCGAGGAAAUUGUAGCUCGAGGUGGACUGGUGCCCGAUGACAUGAUGCUGAAGGUUGUAACGAGCAAGUUGGAUAACCUCCAACACAAGCAUUGGAUCUUGGAUGGCUUCCCUCGCACCAUCGGACAAGCUGAAUUGCUAGAUGCUCAUCUCAAGAAACGAAAUAUGCCAUUGACACUUGUUGUAAACCUUGACGUUCCCGACGAAGUUAUUCUGAGUCGUAUAUCCGACCGAUGGAUCCAUCGUCCUUCGGGUCGCGUCUACAACAUGUCUUACAAUCGCCCACGCGUCAUUGGCUUCGACGAUCAAACCGGAGAACCGUUGACGAAGCGUCCCGAUGACAAUCCCGAGGUGUUCGCGCGCCGCCUCGCCGCGUUCUACGCGUCUACGUCACCAUUACUCGCAUACUUUGCCAAAUCGGCCAAGACAGCAAAUACCCAUCGCCCGAACACUCACCAACACCCUCACCAAAUAUCCUUCCAUACUCCCUCGGGAUUGAAGGUAAAGACACUUUCUGGCACGACAUCGGACGAGAUUUGGCCGCAUCUAGAUCGCCUCAUCCAUAACAACUUCCCCGGACUGAGAGAAAAAUUAGAAACUAGGGAAAUACGCACUCGGCGCCUCGUCAGUAACGCACUUGCCGCCGAACUCGGGGCCACCACUCUUUCGUAG